GGUCAGAGUAUAACGUAAUUGGGCAUCAGUGUGUUUGUUGUGGACUUUAGCUGAAAUCUUUGUGGCGAUUCCAUUUGAUUUGAGCCUUAGAGACGCGAUUCAGCCCCUUCGCCGGCGAAAAUCUAACCCUAAUCUCGCCUACUACUAUUCCUUACAGCAUCAGUUAAUCAUCCCCAAAUCACUGAUUGAUCGAUGGAGAGCGGCGAGGAGGACGGUUACUAUUACACCUCCGAUCAAGAGUCUCUGGACGGCCUUGAUCAUGAUCAAUCCAAUCUCCAACCUCUCUCCUCCACAGUAAAUUCCGCCAAGGUCAUUACAAAGGAAUCGCUUUUGGCUGCACAGAGGGAGGAUCUGCGGAGAGUGAUGGAGUUGUUAUCGCUAAAGGAGCACCAUGCUCGGACUCUUCUUAUCCAUCACCGAUGGGACGUUGAGAAACUGUUUGCUGUUCUUGUUGAGAAAGGCAAAGAUUUCUUGUUUUCCCGUGCCGGUCUUACACUUGUUCAAGAUCAUCCCACCUUUUCUCCUUCUUCCAUGAUGAGUUGUGAUAUCUGCGUAGACGACGUAGCAGGUCAUCUCAUGACAAGAAUGGAUUGUGGCCACUGCUUUUGCAAUAACUGUUGGGCUAGGCAUUUUGCUGUAAUGAUAAAUGAAGGUAAGAGCAAAAGGAUUAGAUGCAUGGCUUACAAAUGCAACGCUAUUUGCGAUGAAGAUGUUGUCCGGAGUCUUGUUAGUAAGACCCAACCAGAUUUAGCACACAAGUUUGAUCGUUUUCUUAUCGAGUCAUACGUCGAAGACAACAAAAUGGUGAAGUGGUGUCCGAGCACUCCGCAUUGUGGGAAUGCAAUACGUGUUGAGGACGACGAGCUCUGUGAAGUUGAAUGCUCUUGUGGGUUUCAGUUCUGUUUCAGCUGUUCCUAUCAAGCCCACUCCCCUUGCUCUUGUUCCAUGUGGGAGCUUUGGAGGAAAAAAUGCCAUGAUGAGUCUGAGACUGUUAAUUGGAUUACUGUUCACACCAAGCCGUGUCCCAAAUGUUACAAACCCGUUGAAAAGAAUGGUGGAUGCAACCUCGUGACUUGUCUCUGCGGACAAUCUUUUUGUUGGUUGUGUGGUGAAGCUACGGGAAGGGAUCACACUUGGUCUAGUAUCUCGGGUCAUAGUUGUGGUCGGUACCAAGAAGACAAAGAGAAACAGCUGGAGAGAGCGAAAAGGGAUCUUUACCGGUAUAUGCAUUACCAUAACCGUUACAAGGCACAUAUCGAUUCCUCCAAGCUAGAGGAUAGGCUUAGUGAUACUAUCCUCGAAAAGGUGUCAAUUUUAGAGAGAAGGCAGUUACAACUUAAAGACUUCAGCUGGGUAACCAACGGGCUCCAUCGGUUGUUUAGAUCAAGGCGAGUUCUCUCGUAUUCAUACCCUUUCGCGUUUUACAUGUUUGGAGAAGAACUGUUCAAAGACGAGAUGAGUGCUGAAGAGAGAGAAAUAAAACAAAACCUGUUUGAGGAUCAGCAGCAGCAGCUUGAAGCCAACGUUGAGAAACUUUCCCAGUUCUUGGAAGAGCCCUUUGAUCAAUUCGCUGAUGAUAAAGUCGUGCAGAUAAGGAUUCAAGUCAUAAAUUUGUCUGUUGCAGUGGAUACUCUCUGCAAAAAAAUGUAUGAGUGCAUUGAGAAUGACUUGCUGGGUUCUCUGCAACUUGGCAUCCACAACAUUGCUCCAUACAGAUCAAAUGGAAUAGAACGAGCAUCGAACUUUAUUAGUUCCCGUGAAGCUGCCGGUGAGAAACGCCAACCUCCGAAUUCAGGAUGGAACUCAGAAGACACAAGUUGCUCUUCGAGGAAACGUCCCAGAAGAGAAGGAGUUUACAGAAAUAAUCAAACCACUUUACUGGAUUUAAACUUGCCAGCGGAUGUCAUUGAGCGGAAAUGAACUCAUCAUUCUUUGCCCUCCUCACCCUUUUUGUCCAGAUCAUGCUAAAUGUACAAAUCAUAACCCUAAACCCCUCUGCUUGAUAAAACUUUUACUAACAUUGCCCUUCCUCGGUUCUGAGGAAAAGGGCUAGUCUGCUUAUCUUCUAUUUACAAAUUCGUUCGGAAUUUACACAGAAUUUUGGUUAUGGUGGAUCGUAUUUUUUGGUAGUCUUAUGUAAGUUGCUUAGAAGCUGCCUUUGAACUCAGGCUUCUCUCAACGCCUCAAUGUGUAAAUGUUUAACCCAUGUAGUAAUUUGCUUUUGGAGGAUCCCUCCUGAUUUAUGUUA